AUGGGGAAAGCUUGGAGUGCGAAGGAUGUCCCUGACCUAAUUGGUAAGGUAGUGGUUGUCACAGGAGCGAGUUCCGCGAUCGGCUUGCACACUGCUAAACACCUUGCUCGCAAGGGCGCCAAGGUGUACAUCACUGCAAGAUCGUCGUCGACGGGUUCGAAAGCGCGCCAAGAGAUCUUGAAGAGCUCUCCGCAGAUCAAAGAAGAGAACUUGGUCUUCCUCGCAUUGGAUUUGGGCUCGGUGCAGAGUAUCUCAAACUUCGUCGACGAGAUCAAAGCGAGGGAGCAGAAGCUUGAUAUCCUUGUCAAUAAUGCAGGUCUGGCCACAAAAGAUCUGGAAAAAAAUGAUGCUGGCUGGGAGUUAUGCAUGGCCGUUUGCUACGUCGGCCAUUUCAUCUUGACUAACAGCCUCCUACCUCUCUUGAAGACCGCUGCCGGAGCUCCAGGUGCCGAUGUGCGGGUAGUUACGGUCUCCUCUGGCGCGCACUCGGUCUUCCUUCCCCCGGACUAUGCUAUUGACUUCCACAAGCCAGACUUUCUGCAAGGCAAACUACCCUAUGAGCCUCUAAAAUACCGGCUCACCAUGAAGAACAUGCUUAAGAUCGACGGUCUGCGGUAUGCAAUGGCAAAGCUUGCCUGCGCUGUCUUUGCCCAGGAACUACAGCGACAUUUCGAUCAGCAAAGCCUGCCCAUCAUCUCUAUGUCAUUGGACCCGGGAAACGUGAAGAGCGACAAUGCUGUGGGCAUCUGGUCAGGCCUGGUACAGCCGCUGAUGAGAUUGACGAUGCUUGACCAAGACACGGGCUCGUUAACGUCGGUGUUCGCCGCCGUGGCGCCUGAGGUCAGAAGCCAGCCACAGAAGUACAAGGGAAAGUACAUCGCUCCCAUAGGCGUGGUCACGCCUGCACAUCCAAUUGUCAAGGAUCCGAAGCAGUGCAGCGCAUUCUGGGAUACGACUACAAGGGAAGUCAACCGCUACUUGACGGAGCAUGGACAUAAGGCCCUGAUUCCGUGGUAA